CUUGCCUGCCCUGCGACUACAACACAACGUCAAAGAAACCACCAAGGCUGUGUGUGUGUUUGUUGUACCCACCCCGACAACAACCACGUAAUUCCACUUCCACUUCCGUCUUCCACUUCUUUCUCCCUUCUCUCCUUUACAACAAGCAGGCCAACAACAUCCUUUCUCUUGUCCGUAUCGCAACCAUCAUCUCUACCCGCGACUCAGUCCAUUAUCCGUCAUAACUGUCAACUACCUCUUAAAGUACUUCUUAGCUGUCAAGCAGGUGCAAACGGCGCCGCCGACCACCAAUCCACAAUGUCGGACUACAACAGCAUGAAGGUCCCCGAGCUCAAGAAGCUCCUCAACGAGCGCUCUUUGCCCCAGACCGGCAACAAGGCCGACCUGAUCGCUCGUCUUCAGGAGCACGACAAACAGCAGGCGAAGCCCGCCGAUGCCGCGCCCGCCACCACCAAGAAGGACGGCGAGGCUGAGGAUGAAAUUGACUACGAGGAUGAUGACUUCCCCGCCGGCGACAAGAAGGCCGCCACCGAGACCACCGACGAGAAAGCCCCUGCCAGCGCCGCCGCCGCCGAGACUGCUACAGAGUCAGAGCCCAAGGCCCCAGUAGAAUCCGAGGCACAGAAGACAACAGAAGCCGCCCCCGCUGCCGCUGCCAGCACAGAACAACCCGCCGCUUCUUCCGCUCAGGGAGAGGAGGUCGCCGCCAAGGACACUACUACCGCCACCGCUACUACUGCCGAAGAUCCCAGCAAAGCAGAGGAGCAGAAGCCGGCCGAGCCUCUCUUCUCCCAACACCUUCCCCCCACCGAUGCCAAGUCCGAAGCCGAGAAGCGCGCCGCCCGCGCCGCCCGCUUUGGCAUCACGACAGACGAGAAGUCCGAGGAGGCCCAGAAAGCUGCGCGCGCCGCCCGCUUUGGCCUGGCUAACGACCAGGUGUCAGCUCUUGACAGCGCGUUACCCGAUAGGCCGCGCAAGCGUGGUCGUGGCGGCAAAGAGGAGGGUGCUGGCGAGGAGGGUGGCAGUGAGAGGGCAGCUAAGCAGCAGAAGACCACUGCUGCUGCUCCUCAAGAGAACAAGGGCGGCAACCAGAGGCAAGGUGGUGGUGGUGGUGGUGCUGGUGGUGGAAGGAACAGGCAUGGGAGGAAUAGGAACAACAACAACAACAACAACAACAACCGUGGUGGUCAAAGUCAAAACAGCAGCAGGCAACAAGGGAAUCAGCCCAAGCAACAGCAGCAACAACAGAAAAAGCCUGCUGCUGCUCUCGACCCAGCGGAAAAGGCCAAGAUGGAGGCUAGAGCGAAGCGCUUUGCUGCUGCGUCCUCCUAAGUUGUUGGACUGACGAUGUGGGAGGGGUAAAUUAAUAGCUUCGGAUAGCGUGAUAGCGAUGAAGUCGUGAUCAAACCUGCAGCUCAAUAUUUCUUUCGCUCUCUUCUAUCUCACCUCUUUUUUCUUCUAGCGAGUAGUAAAAGCUUGGAUGCAGGGGUUAUUUGAUCCUUUUAUGGUCUAUGUACAGCGAAGAGAGGGGAGGGAGAGUGUGAGUGGCUUUGGAAGAGAUGAAUUCAGACAAGAUAUGGCAAGAGUCCAGCUCAGCUGAGACCAACUUUCCAAAUCUUGCUUGCUUGCUUGCUUCUCGUCAGAUCUGGUGUGCGUUGGGCGUUUCGGGUGGCGGACAGGAUGAGGACGAGGAUAUGGCUGGUGAGAUAGGUUAAGGGAAAGUCUUCUUCGUAUCUAGUGAUUUGCUUCGUUAUAUCUUACCUAAAUUUCAUCUUGGUUGAACUAUU